CCACUGGAGUUUUGACAGCUCUCGGCUGCAGCAGAGAGGAACCAGCCCCAAAAACCUGACGAAGGCGGGGUUAAAAAAAAAAAAAAAAGAAAAAAAAAAGAGGAAUUUCCUGGUGAGCUACGACAACACAGGAAGGAUGAAUGUGGGCGUAGCUCACAGCGAGGUCAACCCCAACACGCGGGUGAUGAACAGCAGAGGGAUAUGGCUCACCUACCUGCUGCUGACCGUCGUGUUGCACAUAGUGCUGCUCAGCAUUCCCUUCUUCACUGUGCCGCUUGUCUGGACCCUCACCAAUGUCAUCCACAACCUGGCCAUGUACCUGUUUCUACACACAGUGAAGGGCACUCCCUUUGAGACACCGGACCAAGGCAAAGCUCGUCUGCUCACGCACUGGGAACAGAUGGACUACGGCGUCCAAUUUACGUCUUCGCGCAAAUUCCUCACCAUCUCACCAAUUGUACUGUAUAUUCUUGCCAGUUUCUACACAAAAUACGAUCCCACACAUUUCGUCAUCAACACGAGCUCCCUCCUGAGCGUCCUCCUCCCAAAGCUGCCUCAGUUUCACGGAGUACGGAUAUUUGGGAUCAACAAGUACUGACAGAAACUGACUGAACUGGAUUAUAACCACCAACACUGGACUUCAAGUUUUCUUGUUCUGCUCAAACUGUUUCUCGUGUAGAGUUGGAGGAGAAGAAAACCUCUUAGACUUGUGUACAGACUGUGGGGAGUACUUUGUGCAGCCUGAAACAUGUAAAUGCACGGCUGCUGUUUUAAGUCUUUACCGACAUUCCUGAUAUAAAAGCCAGACUGUUUGCUCCCGUCUUUGAGGAGUUUUUUACUGCACUGCUUUCAAAUGUGACGUUUAUUCGUCUUAUUUUUUAUUUUUAUUUUUUUUUUUUUUGUCUCGUAGCUUUUCUGUGACAAACUGCACUGGCUGCAAUACAUGUAAAACCAAGUGCGGGGACUUUGCCUUAAAAGUGAGUGAAUAUUUUAAUUUAAUUGCGGCAGGUUGUCCCCGAACGACACUUGCGACAUUAGUUUUUCAUGUUUUUUUCUAUGAAGGAUUUACAUGCAGCGUGCAUUUACACACCUACAAUAAACACAUUCCCAUAGUCAUGUA